CUGCGAGAUUCCUAUAUUGUUUUGUUAUUAUAAACAAAGAUGGGCAAACCAACAAAACCCAGAGUAAAAGGCAAUAUGAAGCCUGCUAGCAGCAGUCGUGCUGCUGAAUUAGCAAGUUCAAGCCGCUCAUUAAGUUUUGAGAAUCUCGGUGGAUUUGCUCAAUUUGUAAGUAAUUCACCAUUACCAACAGCCAUUCCUUCACGUCCUUCUACGCCUUCUGGUGAGAUUUAUGCUGUCGAGUUAGAUCCAGAACUUGUUGUUAUCCUCAAAAAAAUCUCCAAACGCGAUGUCACGACUAAACUUAAGGCAUUAGAGGAAUUGGAAAGUUAUUUAAAGACAAAUAAAAGUGCUAUUCAACUUAUUUUAAAUAAUUGGGUGACAUUGUAUAAUAAAUUAGUAUUAGAAGUAGAUCGACGUGUUCGUUUAAUAGCGAAUCAAGUUCAUGCGUUAAUUACAGCUAAUGCAAAAAAGAAAUUUGCGCCUAUUUUGAAGGAAUUAAUUGGACCUUGGUUAUUAUCUAUGUAUGAUUCAAGUAAGGAUAUUGUUAAAGUGUCACAAAGUGCUUUUGAAACUGUCUUUGCAGCAGAUAAACGAUUAGGCGUAAUUUCAUUUUGUCAAAAGGAGAUUUUAGAUUACAUAACAGACAUGCUUCUUUAUAAAACACCUGAAACAUUAAGUGAUGCGCGCUAUGUAACAAAGGAAGAGAUGUUUUCCAAAUAUGCACGAGUUGUUUCCUCUAGUUUACAAAUUUUAUCUUAUUUGAUUCAAUUUCUACCAUUAGAAGAAAGAACAAAGGAAAGUUAUGAGACUAUCUUUGACGAUACAACCAUGUGGAAACGAUUAUCAACUAAUGAAAGUCCCUUAAUUCGAAAAGCAUUUUACAGCUUUAUUUGUACCUUGUUGAUAUCUUGGAUUGAAGUGGUUGAAUCAAGAUUAGAUUUGAUUUGUCCCUGUUUUUACGCAAGUGUAUUUACUGAAAAAGACACAAUGACUCAUUCAGAUAUGUGGGAUGCUCUUUUAUUAAUGACCAAAAAACUACCUCAGUCAUGGAUUGUUAUUGGUAAAAAGAAGCCUGCAUUACCUAAGCUUUUUCAUCUCCUUCGUUCUGGGUUAAAUGGCUCACCUAAUAUCACUUAUCCAAGCUUAUUAGCCCUUUUAGCUCAUCUUCCUAAAGAAUUAAAAGAAAUGCCUAAUUUCUAUACAGAUGUAUUUGACAAUUUUUGGAAAGGACUAAAUACUGAAUAUAUUGAUCGAUCCAAUUCGUAUCUCUUCUUAAAUGCUUAUGCUGAAUGUAUUAUCUAUUUUGCCAUUUCUUUAAGUAAAACAAAACAAGAAGAUGCAUUGCAGAUAGCUACAGUAUUAAUUGAACAAACAUUCUUCAACAUGAUUCAAUCCUACUUUUUGAAUAUAAAGAACUUUGAUAAACUAGAUUUAAAUGGAUAUGCAAUUAUUGCUAAACAUACAGUUAUCCUCUUUUCAAAUGAACAGCUUAAUUUGCUCACUUUUAGAUCACAGCUAGAUGACCUUUUAAUUCAAACCUUGAUUGACUGUGAUACUAAACUAAUCAAAGCACAGCUCGACAUGAACUUGUUUUGUCAAAAAGUAGCUCAUUUCAUGACUGCCUUAUCGUAUGAAAUUAAGCAAAACAACAAGGACAUUAUGGAUUUGAAGAAUUAUGCAAAUGAUCUUGCUCAACGUUUGUUAUUAACAUCUGUCGAAUCGGCUAUGGUACAUAAACAAUGGGCUCAUGGGUUACUUGUAUUGGGUCAACAGUUGCUUCAUUUAGAUGUAGAAAUAACAAAGAAAUUAAUUAUAGCUGUACAGCAAUUGUUGAGACUAUUGGAAUGGUCUGAAGGUGAUGAGGCUAUGUUAACUUCUUUUGCUACCUUUUACGUAACUUGCGUGACUCAAACUGAUGAAGGAUCAACAUUAUGGACAGCCCUAAUGAAUAUCUUGAAGGAUAUGUUGAAUGAUUCAGAAUUAAUAUCUCGUAGUGUACACAUCUUUAUUCUUACCAUUGAACAAAGUCAAAAGGUACCAUAUCGUUGUGAUGCCUUGGAUACAAUUGUUAAACAAGCAUUGAGCCGAUUAAUGGAUCCUCAAUUUAUAACUGUACCUCGUUCUUUAUUAGAGAAAAUGGUUUCCUUUAGUCUUUCCAUACCUAUUUUAUCCGAUACUACCAUAACAGAAAUAAUGAAUUUGUUGACUACUACUUUAGUGAGCUUUAAUCGACACUAUGAAGAGGAAAGAUCAUCAUUUUUGUUGGAGUCAGUUCAGUCUGUCUUAACUAUUCUUCAGAAUGCUCAUCCUGGCCUUAUGGGAAGGACGAUUGAUUGGAUUGGCGAAGUCUUUGAUAUCAUGUUUAUUGAUUCGCCAGUAGCUCCAAGUGCCUCAGAGGUAUGGGACCUUUACAAGCAUAGUGCUGAUAGUUCCUACCUUAUUGAGCGGGUAAAACGUUCUAUAACUGAUAUUCAUUAUGCUGCAAGUCCUUCUGAUAACGCUCAUCGAAUCAAAACACUUUUAACUACCUAUAAGGAACUAUCUGUGGAGAUGUUAUUAGGAACAGAACAAGAAUGGAAAACCUUAUCUGAUCAUUUGUUAGUCUCUAGUCAUGAUUUGACGUUGAGCUUUACUGACCCUUUUAUAGCUUUAUCAUUGAAGGAUGACUUGCAAAAAGAAUCAGAAACAAUAAACUAUGAUCUAUAUGGCCUCUCUGGAUUUGCACGAUUAGCCUUUUGCUGGGGUGAAUAUCUUUUUAGCGAAAAUAAAAGAGUUGAAUGUGGGUGGUUGAUCCGUCAAUUGAUGAUGACAGUAAUGUGUUGUGAGCAAGGAUUAAUGUGCCCUGGAUAUAAAUGUCGUAUCUGGCAACCCAAAGCGGUUGAUGGAGUUCGUACAUUUGUUCAAUCGAUGCAUUCUGUCUUUAUUGACUGGCUUACUCAUCUUGUGCCUAUUCAUCAUGACGUCUUAAGUUGGAACAAUGAAUUACUUGCCUCUGUUAUGAAUGGCCACGUAAAUGACCAGCAACCUCUCUUAUUACGCUUUGUAGCUGAGCUUAUAGUUGUAAAUCAACCUAUCUUUGGAGCACAUGUUUUGCAACGUGUUUUACAGCAACUUGUGAUUUUAUUAGACUGGCCUAUGGAAGGUAUGGUAAAGUGGUUGCCAUUGAUCAAAUCAACCGAUAAUAAGCUACCAUUAGCAUAUAAGGUUGCCAUCUUGUUGUGUUUCAAAUCUACUAUGGGUGAAGAUCCAAGCUAUAUACAUUAUCAAAGUGAAUUAGCCAAUCGAUUAUCCGGUCUAAGCCAUAUGAAGGAUUUAAAAACACAUUGGGAUACUCUUGUUCUUUUAAACACAUCUGUCUUGAAUCAUGGUGCAUUUGAUAUCCCACGACAACGUUUAAUUUAUUUGGUUCAAACAAUUCGACCCCUUCUAGUAUCUAUAAAAGAAAACGAUGAUGACGACAACGAUGAUGAUGAUGAUGAAUGUAGUAGAACUCAUGCUUUGGUGCAAGCGCAGUUCGCCCAACUUUUGAAAUAUCUUGCAGAGUCCAUCUCAGAUAUCUCUGGUAGUCACUGGAAUGAUUUCUUGGACUGCUGUUUUGAAUGGAUAGCGUUUGCAGAUACCUCAGAUACUGAGGAAUUAAUGGUUGUCUAUCAUGGAUUAAAAUUAUUACACACUUUAUUAUCCAUUGAAAGCAAUAAUGAAUCCUUGCAAGAGGCGCUUGAGGAACGUAUAUCGAUUCUGAGCAAGUGCAUUUUAGACCUUGUUGCCAAAGAAAUGGAUUAUUAUCAAAAUGGUCCAAAUGUGAAUGAGGCAAGAAUGAUCUAUCAAGAACUUUUAGCACGCCUAUUAGACUUUGUUCCAGAAAAGUAUUUGGUUGAUUGUUGUGAUGACUAUUUCAGCAAGUUUAAUGCAUUGAUUUAUUCACCUAAUCAAGUGCUCCAAAAACAAAUCUAUCUUGUAUUAAAGAAAUGCGUUGCACAUAAAGUUCAAGAUUUAUCGGUUAAACUUGAAUUUACAGAAACAAACGAAGAAGAAAAAGGAGAUGUAGAUAUUGAUCAGGAAGUUAUGAAUGCAUUAUUAAAUCCUCCUGAUUUAACCCACUGGCAAUCUGUGAUAGAUGAUUCCUCAUUAUUACAUGACACUUUAGGAUAUCUUUUAGCUUGGAUGCUUAUGUUUGAUCACUUUAUAGACAUUACAUUUAAAUUAAAACAGGAAUAUACAAGGCAACUUAAAGAACAGGAAGCUGUAUCCUAUUUAAUGCCAACACUUUGCAAGAUCCUUCAUGUUGGACAGAACAGUACAGAAUUAUCAUUUGACAUCACACCUUGGUCUAUCAUAGAUUAUGACACGGAGGGUAUUGAUGUAACAUCUGACAUGACCUUUUUAGUCCUCAGUUCACAUCUUUAUUAUCGUGCCCUGACACAUAUUCCUUCACUUGUUCGACAAUGGUGGAUCGAUUGUAAACAUCGACAAUUGACAAUAGCUGUUGAACACUAUACAGAAAAAUAUUUCAGUCAACAAUUAAUUCACAAGGAAAUUGAGAUGGUGAAUCGAGAAGACAUUAAAAAGCAAUUAGAAGAUAAUGAUGACAAUGAAUUUACAGUCAAGACAUCUAAAUCUGAAGUAACAGCAAUAUAUCGAGUGGAUGAACAAAAUAUGCAGAUUGCAAUCAAGUUACCUACUAACUUUCCCUUAAGACCUAUUGACGUAGAAGGAAUUCAAAAAGUAGGUGUCAAUGAUAAGCAAUGGAGAGGUUGGAUGUUUGCAGUAACAGCAGUCAUUGGAUCACAGAAUGGUAAUAUUGUAGAUGCUUUAACAGUAUUUAAACGUAAUGUGAACCUUCACUUUAAUGGAGUCGAAGAUUGUACCAUUUGUUAUUCAAUUAUUAGUGCACAAGAUAGAUCGAUACCCACUAAACAAUGUAGAACCUGUAAAAAUAAAUUCCAUUCAAGUUGUUUAUACAAGUGGUUCCGAUCCUCUAAUUCAGCUAGCUGUCCUCUAUGUAGAACAGUAUUCUAAAUAUGUACAUAUAUAUUCAUACAUAUAUAUAUACUCCAAUUUACGGGUAUUCACUUCUUGUCUUUUAUAGAGCUUAUUUUUAAGUCUAGUAUAAUUAUUUUACUGAAAUUUGAAUAAAGCUAAUUUCUACUCAUGUUAAA